AUGGCUGCACCCCCGGGGGCCCUGCCAGGGACUCUGGGGCCCACAGGGACUCUCCCAGGUUCUCUUGCGCCCCUAGCGGCUCCGCCAAAGGCUCACUCAGGGACGACAGCGCCUACACGGGUCUCUCAAGGGGACGGCGGCGCCCCCAAGGGCAAUGUUAGGGGCGGUAGCGCCCCCAUGGGACCUGCCAGGAGCGCUAGUACCCCCAGGGGACCUGCUAGGCACAGCAGAGCUAACAGGGGCCCUAAUUGGGACGGUGACGCCCCCAGGUGCUCUCCUAGGGACAACGGCGCCCACAGGUGCCCUCCCAGAGAUGUCGGCGCCUUCAGGGGCCCUCCCAAGGUUGCUGGUGCCCUCAGGGGCCCUGCCAGGGACAGGGACAGCAUCGCCCCCAGGGAAAGGCUAUGGGCGUUGGUGCACCCCAGGUACACUACCAAGGGCUCACUCAGGGACGCCAGCGCGCCCAGGGGUCCUGCUGGGGGUGGUGGCGCCCCUAGGAGCCCUGCCAAGAGCAGUGGGUCCCACGGGGGCCCUGUCGGGGCGGUGGAGUUCUCCAGGGACUUUCCCAGGGGAGCUGGCGCCCUCAGGGGAUCUCACGGGGACAGUGGCAGCACCCCAGGUGGUUUGUCAUGGGUGGUGGCGCACCCAGGGGCCCUCCCAAUGGUGGCAGCACCCCCGGAGGCCCUGCCAGGGACUCUGGCUCCCCAAGGGACUCUCCCAGGUUCUCUUGCGCCCCUAGCGGCUCCGCCAGGUGCUCACUCAGGGACGACAGCGCCUACACGGGUCUCUCAAGGGGACGGCUGCGCCCCCAAGGGCAAUGUUAGGGGCGGUAACGCCCCCAGGGGACCUGCCAGGAGCGCUAGUACCCCUAGGGGGCCUGCUAGGCACAGCAGAGCUAACAGGGGCCCUGAUUGGUGUAAUAACGACCUCAGGGGCACUGCUAGAGGCGCUGGUGCCACCAGGGGUUCUCCCUUGGACAACUGCGCCCAAAAAAUCCAUCCCAGGGGUGGUGGCGCCCCCAGGGUGCCUACCAAAGAUAUCGUCUCUCCCAGGGCCCUAGCCAGGAAAGUGACGUCCCCAGGGACCUUGUCAGGGGCUGUAGCGUCCCCAGGAACCCUGCCAAGGGUGAUCGCGCCCUCAGGUGCUCUCCCAGGGCAUUGCCAGAGGCCGUGGCGCCCACAGGGCCCCCGCCAGGGACAGCAGAGCUUCAACGGGCCCUGUAAGACGGCCUACACAGACCCUCCCAGGGACGGAGGCGCCCCCAGGGACCCUCACAAGGACGGCGGUGCCCCAAGGUACUCUCUUAUGGUUGCUAGCACACCAAGGGGGUCUCCCAGGGGCCCUGCUAAGGACAGUGGUGCUCCAAGGAGCCCAGCCAGGUUGGUGACGUCCCCAGGGGCCCUGCCAGGGUUGGUCGUGCCACCAGAAGACCUGUCAGGGACGCUGGCGCCCCCAGGGGUUUUCCCAGGGAUGGCCGCGCCCCCAGGUGCUCUCUCAGGAACAACGGAGCUCCAAGGGGCCCUGCCAGGGGCAGUAGCGCCCCAAAGGUCUCUGCCAGGUGCCCUCAGGGGCUCUACCAGGGACAGCAACGCUCCCAGGGACCCUCCCUGGGACAUCGGCGCCCUCGAGGGCCCUGCCAUGGGCGAAGGCGCCCCCAAGGCCUCAGCUAUGGACGCUGGCGCCCCCAGGGGCCUUCCCAUAGUCGCUAGCACCCCAAGGGUCUCUACCAGGGGCGCUGGCGCUCCCAUGGUCUCUACCAGGAACAGUGGGGCUCCCAGGGGCCCUCACAGGAAUGGCAGGGCCUUCAGGGGCCCAGGGCCUUCAGGGGCCCUGCCAUGGGCGGUGGCGCGCUCAGGAGCCGUGUCCGUGCCAGGGGCGGGAACGCCCCCAGGAACCCAGCCAGUAACGCUGGCGGCACAAGCGGCUCUCCCAGGGACAGCCGCGCCCCCAGGUGCUCUCCCAAGUGACAACGGCGCACCUAGGGGCCCUGCCAGGAGCGGUAGCUCCCCAAGGUUCUCUGCCAGGGGCGCUGGUGCCCUCAGGGGCUUUAUCAGGGACAGCGACGCUCCCAGGGACUCUCCCUGGGACAUCGGCGCUCUCAGGGGCCCUGCCACGGGCGAAGGCAUUCCAAGGGCCUCGGCUAUGGGCAAUGGCGCCCUCACGGUGCCUACGAAAGACAGCGGACCCCCCAGGGCCCUAGCCAGGAAAGUGCUCUCCCAGGGCAUUGCCAGAGGCCGUGGCGCCCACAGGGCCCCUGCCAAGGACAGCAGAGCUUCAACGGGCCCUGUAAGACGUAGUGACGCCCUCAGGGGCCCUGCCAGAGGCGCUGGCACCACAAGAGGAUCUCCCAUGGACAGAGGUGCUCACAGGGUCCCUCACAAUGACCGCGGCGCCCCCAGGGGCCCUGCCAUGGGCCGUGGUGCCCCCAAGGACAAGGGCACUCCCUGCGGCCCUCUUAAAUACAGCAACGCUCCUAGUGGCCCUGACAUAGGCGGGGGCGCCCUCAAGGGCCCUAUUAGGGGCGGUGACGCCCCCAGGGAGUUUCAGGGACGUUGCCACUCCAGGGACGUUCCCAGGGACGGCAGUGCCUCCGUUGUCUCUCCCAGGGGCCCUGCCAGGGGCGUUAAGGGCCACACAGGCCCUGCCAGAGGGCUAUCAUUCUUCAGGGGCUCCUUCUAG